CCCAGGCGGCGGCGGCUGAGCUGUAUAAAGCGGGUGGCAGGUAGAAUGUAAUGUCGUUAUGCGGAGGCCGCGGUGGCGGCAGCGGCGACCAAGACGGCGGGGACGGUGGCGAGGGCUCCGAGGGCUCCGGCGGCAGCAGCGGCGGCUCCUCCCGCCCAGCCCCUCCCGGCCCUACGGGUCUCCUCUGCCGGCGGCUACGCGGCGCCUCCCUGAUGGCCCGGCGGAGGCCCGAGCUGCUGUGCGGAGUUGUGGCCGUGGGCUGCGCGCUGCUCCUGGCCCUCAAAUUCACCUGCAGUCGUGCAAAAGAUGUGAUAAUACCAGCAAAACCACCAGUAAAUUUCUUCUCUUCGAGAUCUCCUGUUCUUGACCUCUUCCAAGGACAGUUGGACUAUGCAGAAUAUAUUCGUCGAGAUUCAGAAGUGGUAUUGUUGUUUUUUUAUGCUCCAUGGUGUGGACAGUCCAUUGCUGCAAAGGGAGAAAUUGAACAAGUAGCAAGCAGGCUUGCAGACCAGGUGCUGUUUGUGGCAGUUAACUGUUGGUGGAACCAAGGGAAAUGCAGAAAACAGAAACACUUCUUUUACUUUCCUGUAAUAUAUCUGUACCAUCGGAGUUUUGGACCAAUUGAAUACAAAGGCCCCUUGCGUGCUGUUUAUAUUGAGAAGUUUGUUCGCCGGGUGAUGACACCACUUCUCUACAUCCCCGCUCGGUCAGAAUUACUAGAUUUUCUCUCAAAUUAUGAGGUUUUGAGCUCAGGGGAUUGUGAAAAUGUUUGUGCUUGUAGGAAAGGUGUGAAGGGAAAAUUAUUUGGGGUAAAGCCUGGAGUACUUGGAUAUUUUGAAUUCAGUGGUUCUCCUCAGCCACCUGGUUAUUUGACAUUCUUCACUUCAGCAUUACAUUCAUUAAAGAAAGAUUACCUAGGAACAUUACGCUUUGGUGUUAUCACAAAUAAACAUCUUGCCAAGCUGGUGUCCUUGGUGCACUCUGGAAGUGUCUAUUUACAUAGACAUUUCAACACAUCACUUGUCUUUCCUAGAGAGGUAAUGAACUACACAGCUGAAAAUAUUUAUAAAUGGGCUUUAGAAAACCGAGAAAUGCUUGUUCAAUGGCUGCGACCACAUGGCGGGAAAAGUCUUCUCCUGAAUAAUGAACUCAAGAAAGGACCAGCACUUUUUUUAUUUAUACCUUUUAAUCCCUUAGCAGAAAGUCAUCCUCUAUUAGACGAGAUUACCGAAGUGGCCUUGGAAUACAACAACUGUAAUAAAAGUCAAGUAGUUGAACAACUACUUCAACACUUGAGACACGUGGAUUCAUCAACAUUGGGUUCUCUGGUAUCCAAUUCCCCAAUCCAACUGGCAGAAUCAUCUUCAAUAACUGAGUCUCCAUGCUGCAAUACUGUGGUGCUUCCUCAGUGGCAUUCCAUCUCAAGAACCCACAAUGUCUGUGAGCUUUGUGUCAACCAGUCAAUUGGAAUUAAGCCAAGUAAAGUCAAUGUGCCACAAUGCAGUUUUUUUGAGAUAGCAGCAGCUUUGGAUUCAUUCUACCUCAAGGAACACACCUUCUAUCAAGUUACAUCAAAUAGCAUAGAAUGCAGCAAUUUUUUAAGUUUCUAUAGUCCUUUUAGCUACUAUACUGCAUGUUGCAGGACCAUGAGUAGGGGCUUGACUAAUUCUGAAGAGGAUAUUUUUCAGUCCCCUAACAUCGCAUUGUCUUCCCAUGAGAAGAAAUGCAAAGCUGAUAACCCAAGUUCUGUUCCUCACAUUGAGGAGAGCAUCCCUCUCUUUCCUGAUGUUGAUAUUAAUAGCACAAGUAUCACAGGCCUGAGCUGCAGGACCAACAAGACUUUGAACCUUUAUCUAUUGGAUUCAAAUUUGUUCUGGUUAUAUGCAGAAAGGCUGGGUGCAUCAAGUUCCACUCAAGUUAAAGAGUUUGCCGCUAUUGUUGAUGUAAAAGAAGAAUCUCAUUACAUCUUGGAUCCAAAACAAGCUCUUGUAAAGCCCACUUUAGAGUCUUUUAUUCAGAACUUCAGCGUUCUCUACAGUCCACUGAAAAGGCACCUUAUUGGAAGUGACAGCGUCCAUUUUCCUUCUCAGCACCUAAUCUCUGAAGUAACAACUGAUACCUUUUGGGAGGUAGUCCUUAGAAAAAAGGAUGUUUUAUUGCUGUAUUAUGCACGUUGGUGUGGAUUCUGUGCAUCUCUCAAUCAUAUUUUCAUUCAGCUUUCUCGUCUCCUGCCUCCAGAUAAAUUUACUGUGGCCAGGAUUGAUAUAGCUCAGAAUGAUCUUCCCUGGGAAUUUAUGGUUGACCAUCUCCCUACCAUUUUGUUUUUUCCAUGCAACAGGAAGGACUUGAGUGUGAAGUUUCCCGAGGACUCUCCCAUCACCCUUCCCAAUCUGCUGAAGUUCAUUUUGCGUUACUCAGACCCCAUUUCUGCUGUUGGGAGCUCAGCUGAUCCACAAACCAAAGAACGUCUUCAGAAUGAGGCAGUAUUACAGAAAGGACACAUAUCCCACUUGGAGAAAGAGAUUCAUAAAUUAAGAGCAGAAAUCACUGCUCUUCAUCGGGCUCAAGCCCAAGUAGAAUCCCAACUUUCAGAUGCCAGGAGAGAUAAACACAGACUACAAAAGCAAAAACAAACACUGGAAAAGCAACAUAGUGUUCUUCAGCUCCACAGUGAGCAGUUAGAGGCCCUCUAUGAACAGAAAACCCGAGAGCUGGAGGAGAUGGCACUGAAGCUUCAAGAAUUAGCAGAUGCAUCAGAAAACCUCUUAACUGAAAAUGCUUUACUGAAAAUCCUGGUGGCAACAAUGGAAGGAAAAUUAGAAAAUAAAGAAUCUGAAAAAUCCAAUACCCUGCAAGAAACACUUUCCCAUGGAACUGAUCUCCCGUCACGAGACAACACAAAACUUGCCACUAAUAUGAGUUCUCCUUUGGCUUCGGAACAGAAUAAUGAAAAUAGGACAGAUUGAUUUUUAAGCUAAUAUGAAGAAAUCAGAAGGGACAGUUGUAUACUGGGAAGAUAAUUUAUGCAAAUUUUAUUGAAAUUCAUUGUAAAUAAAAAUUUUUCUCAGUGGUCUAGAAAAUCAAAAUGGAUGAUCAUUCAACUUGGGGAAACAUUCCCUACAUAAUUUAUUGCACAAACUUGGUAGGUUUGAGACCAAAACAGUAGUACAGAUCCUUGAGGAUAAGAAUCUGAAAAAACGAAGUUCAAUUCAAGUGACAAAAACAAACAAUUCCCCUUACUAGUUUUUAAUCAUUCCUUGUCACCAUUUCAGCAAGUUUUUGAAGGGCUUAAAUGAUUAACCAUUUAAGAAUUGCUUUGAGAGAUUAAUAAAGCAAAUGAUUUAAAGGUCUUAGAAGCUAAAUAUUUGAUUGGUGAGCAUGGCAAAAGCUGCUAUUUUUACCUGGCAUUUUACUGGCCAAUUUUAUUGGUAUUCCCAUUUUAAGCAAAGCUUUAAGCUAGUAAGUUACUACUAUUCACCAAAUAUCAUCUGCCUUUAAGAAGUAAAAUAAAAAUAAAAAGCAAAGUUAAAAGUUUUCCUUGGUGACCAAGUGGAGGAAAAAAGGAUUUCCCUAAAAUUUGAAGAAAUGAACAGUAUUUCAUAAAUUAUUAGUCCUAUAAAAACCAGACAUGGUUCUCAAAAAUGGGGUUGUUAAAAGAAUUUGUUAGAUGAUCUCAGCAUACUUCAUAAGAUGCAAAUAAAUGUGAAGUUGCCUUUGAAUCACUUUGCUGGACUAGCUGGAUUAGGGAUUUGUUUUUCCUACAGAGCAAAAUGAUGAAGAGGUAGAAAGCUUCAGAAGUUGUUGAUGUGAAUAAGUUAAUGGCUGUCCAUCCUAGAAUUUGCUCAUCUUUGGCUUGUGCACUGCUGUCUCACACCUCCACUGCAUUCCUUUCAACCUUGGGCUUGAUGUUGGUUCUCCUUUAAUUCAUGAAACAUAGGCAACCAUUAAAUUUGCACUUUCAAUUCUUUCUAAACCUAGAACACCUUCCAGCAUCCCCAUCUUAAGUUUCCAAUGAAAUAUGACUUCAUUGCCCAAUAAAGGAGGCUUUACUGCAGAGCAGGGGUUCUUAACUUGGGAUGGGAGAGUGAUAUGAACUUAAAAUUAUUUUGAUAACUAUUUCUAUGUAGUCUUAUGUAUUCUAUAU